GCUCCUUUCACUUCACAGAGUAGACCUAAUGGACACCACAAGCAUGUCCGAGUACUCGGAGAAAUCAAACGAAUUAACUGCAGAGUUAACCAAUGAAUUCAAAAACGCGGCAAAAUCAAUAGCAACCUUAUACAACUCGUCUAAUAGCAAUAGUGAUAGUCUCAAGUCUGAUUUCACAAAUGCUGCCAGAUCAGUAGCUAGUUUAUACAAGAUCACCAAUAAUUCUCGGGAUAUGUUGUUUAAUCAUGGGUAUUUGUCGUGCCUUGAUGAUUUAUUACAAGUCAUUAGCCAACAAGGUGACGUUGAGAAUUGGGUAUUGACUAAACGUGCAGAACUUUUGAAGAAGGAUAAACCGGAUGAAGAAAAUACCAAGAAAGAAGUCGAGAAGCAAGAAAUAUCACCCGAACAAGUCAUUAAUAUAAAGAAAGAAGAUAAUAAAGACACAUCUAUUGAAGAUGUCUACAGCUUUACAUUUACUCUGGAUAUAAAACCAAAUGUUCAUUUCCGUCCCAGUAUACCACCGUUAUCAGUGCAACAUAAUCUCAAACAAAGGCAAUCACAUAUGUUACUGAAACGAUUAGAAAAGAUACAGAGAUUGACUGCUUCUGAUGAAGAUAUCCAGUUAGAAAAGUUGAAGCUUUUACAACUACAAAGUAGUCAAGAAUCUCCACCAAAGAAGAAAAAGAAGAUUUAGAGUUGAUAUAGAGUUUACAAAUGCAUCUUGAUAUUAGGGUUUUGGUACGGUCUAGGUUAUAUAGUUUAGGGUUCUGUUAAUAAGUAAAUAAUCCAUCGUCAUUAUCGG